AUGCUUUCCGGAGAUCAGAUUCGCAUCAUGGAACUGCUUCCAAGUGGAGACGAAGGUCCAGCCGCUCCGCUUAGAUGCCACGUCCACAUUGUAUCACUCUCCAGCAAUCCUGACUACGAGGCCGUGUCCUACGUUUGGGGUAUACCGGAUGGGAAAACGAGUAUCGAAGUAUCGGGGUGUAGUUUUGGGAUCUCCUCCAACCUGGAUGCACUGCUACGAAGGCUUCGGUACACCAAUCGAAAGAGACAAAUAUGGGCGGAUCAGAUCUGCAUUGAUCAGAGCAACCUGAGCGAGAAGACAACCCAGGUGAAGAUGAUGGGCGAUAUCUAUUCCAAGUGUCGCCAGUGCUUGAUUUGGAUGGGUGAGAUCCCGGAAUCGGUCCCUCAAUCUGGGGUGGAGGACGCGAUUCACCUGCUAGAGUUCAUGGCGACACCAGACGACGUCAACGUGCCCGAGUUUCUCAGCACGAGGGACAAGUUCAUAAAGGUCUUCAAAGUCUUGUACUUGAUCCAUCCCCACGGAAAUACCUGGUGGUCACGCAUCUGGACAGUACAAGAAGUUAUUCUGCCAGAAAGAAAGACCAUUCUUUGGGGGCCGAAGGUGCUGUCAUGGGAGCUCCUCAGUCAAGCCAUGCAUACUUGGACAACACAAUACAUGCCUUCUUUGAUGGGGAUUCUUCUCGACGAAGAUUUUCAGGAAAUGAAUGCUCUAUCAGCCAACAUUGUAUGGAUCAAUUACGGACGCAACUCUGAUCUCCCUUCGAUCCUAGUCACCAAAUGGCGUAAUCGCAAAGCAACGGACAUGCGCGACAAAGUCUUUGGGCUUCUUGGGUUGGUUCCUGACAAUGUAGACUUGGAGUACACCGGCCUGCGUACGUGCGAAUCAUCUGUCGCAGAGGUUUUCAGUUCUUUGACACUGGAUGCUAUCCUGUCGACGGACAGUCUCCAGCCACUUGUGCUGAAUCCCAGACUGGAGGACGACAUUGCAACCGAGGGCAUUUCUAGAUGGGCCAUGGACUUGAAGAGGUUCCCGAAACGCGACGCGGAUACUUUCUACAGGGACUGGGCUCAUGAUCACUACAACGCGUGCAACGGAAGGGCUCUGGAUCGGUCAUUCUUGCGAAACACAGUCGAAGCUCACGCUGGUUCGACACGUGUCCUCGGCGUCUCCGGUGUCAUGGUUGAUACGGUCCAAAUCAUCAGCCCGCAACGAAGCACAGCACCGGAGUCUGAUGCCCGAAUAUCCGAGAACUUGCGGGCUUGGUACAAGCUCGCGGCAUCUAGUCAACCAGGAGGGGUUUCUGCCGCUACCCGGCCCGAGUUUGAUGAACAGUUUUGCCGGCUUGUUGUUGCCGACAUACUAGAACCGCGCGACGAAGAUGAUCCAGAGUCACAAAGUCGAAUGCCGAAUGCAGAAGACUUGGAAAACGCUUGGCGAUUUGUUAAAGAGGGAAUACAGAGCCCUGGUGAGCUCUGGAUCAAGGAGUCACACAUGCCCAGUCAGUUGUGCAACCAGGUAUUCUUUAUUACGGCGUCUGGCAUGAUGGGGAUGGGUCCUUGGGACACGCUGCCAGGAGAUGAGGUUUGGGUAUUCGAUGGGGGCAACUACCCGUUUACAAUAAGGCCCCGCCAUGAAAGGGAUAGCAAAGCUGAGUUCGACUUUGUUGGGUGUUGUUAUAUCCAAGGUAUCAUGUUUGGGGAGUGGUUCCAGAAACAGGAAGAGUUGUCGACUCAGAGAAUCUACAUUUACUAG